GUCUCGUUCCGUCUCGUUCCGUCUCGUUCCAGUCUCGUUCCAGUCUCGGUCUGGUGCUCUGAGCGAUCGGAUCAGUGUUUGAUCUGCAGAAGAUCGAUCGCACACAAACACACACACACGUCUACGUCUACGUCGCUGCCACUUGUCGUCGUUUUGAUCGUUGGGUGUCAUACUCCUAAAAGAAUCCUUCAAGAUGGCUCUUCAAGAGUUUGAUUUUAGCGACUGGUAUGCCGCCGCGCCUCAGGGCAGCCACGAUCUCAGCGAGAUGGACUUUGGCUCAUCCCUCAGCAGUCUGGACCAAAGCAAGGCAAAUCUCACCGCCGAGCUCUCGGGGGAGACCACAAGCAAGCGUGCCAAGACGACAGACAAGAAGCAGCUGAACAAGCAGGCCGCAGAUCGUUACCGCCGUAAGAAACGCCAACAGUUUGAGGAGCUGCAAAGCCAAUCCUCUGAGCUGGCUGAUGAGAACAAAGCUUUGAGCGUCAAGUGUGAGCGUCUGGAGAACGAGGUGGCCUACCUCAAGGACCUUCUCAUGACCACCAUCAAGACAUCUCAGACGGCGCCUGCCACCGCGCAACCUAGCCUGGAUGGACUCGACGCCACCGUCGACCCCGCCGUCUUGGAGGCCGUCCCCCCGGCUCUGCACACCCUGGUCAAGACGCUUGUCAACCAGCGCCGCUCAGUUAUGGAGGCCCGCUUUGCUGCUCUGGAGGAGAAGAUUGCACACCUCGCCGCCAAGUGCUGCUGAGUUGCGAUACCACCAAGCUUCUCAAUGGCCAGCGGCCUAAACUCUAGGCUUUUUUUUUGUUCAUAGCCCCGCUUGCACAUGUCUUGGCACCUCAGUUCUGUGACUUUCUGCCGCAUGUGUAUCUUUUUGCCUUUGUUAUCUUUUUUUUUUUUUUCCUCUCAUACUCUCUCUUGAGUGGGUCGAGUUUAACCCCUCUCCGUUGCGCCCUGGUGGCGACCUUCAUGGCCGAGUCCACGAUUGAAUAUUCAAAGAUAAUCUAAACUGCUUUUUCCC